AUGCCUGUUGAUACAUCUGCUGAGAACAAUUCAAAGAUUCAAUCAGAACAUUAUGCAAAUGGACGAGUGCUGUCUUGUACUCAAGUUUUCUUCGAACAACUAUUUACACGUAAAUCAAUGAAAUCAUUACUAGUUGAGCACGCUACAAAGCAAGAAUUUGAACGUAUGCUAACUUGGAUUCAACUACUUGCUAUGGGUGUUGGUGCUACUAUUGAAUAUUUAGCAUGGUUUAUUGGAUGGAAUUCCGUGCUACUUUACCUAUUCGCCGUUUUGACAGUGGUAGUUGCUUGGAGCAAGCAUGUUGUCCUAUUUAUUGAUAUUGUAUCUGAUUAUAAUGUAACAAGCAUGAUUGUUCAAGCACCAGUGGCUUGGGACGAAGACGCAGAACAUCUUUUUGUCACUGGUCAAGUGAUUAAUAUACCUGCUAUUGCAAUUAUUAUUGCAAUUACAAUUCUUCUUAUUAUUGGGAUUCCUGCAACAACUAUAGUCAAUCUUGUAUUGGUUGUGUUUAAAAUUAUUAUACUUUUAAUAUUCAUUUUCGCCUGUUGUAAUUAUGUAAAUGUCAAUAAUUAUAAUCCAUUUUUUCCACCAAAUGAAGGUUCGUUUAGUGAAUAUGGAGUAACGGGCAUGUUGCAAGCAUGUACUUAUGUUUUCUUUGCAUAUGUUGGUUUUGAUUCAGUUUCAACAGUUGCACAAGAAGCAAGGUCACCAGAGAGAUCUCUGCCAAUUGCUAUUAUUGGGUCAACAAUUAUUUCAUUGCUGCUUUAUGUUGGAGUCGUUCCAUAUAGGUUAUUAGACACAGAUAGUCCUCUUGCUGAAGCAAUAAAAGCUACACCAUACGGUCUUUGGUUAUCGAUUUUUAUGGAUUUAGGUGCCAUUGCUGGCCUUACAAGUGUAGCACUGUCUGUGAUGCUCUCACAGACCCGAAUAUUUUAUGCAAUGGCUCAUGAUGGUUUACUACCACCAAUCUUUGCUAAAAUUCAUCUCCAGCGGGCAACUCCAUGGGUGUAUAUAUUAAUUAUUGGUGUAUUUUGCGCUAUUGUUUCGGGUAUUUGUCGAGUAGAUAUUCUUGGCGAAACAUCGUCAAUUGCCGCCUUAAUUACAUAUAUUUUCGUACAAAUUACAGUCAUAGUCAUACGUUAUAGACACAAAGAUAUUCCACGGCCAUUUGAAGUGCCAUUUGGUCCAUGGCUAAUUCCGACUGUUGGUUCCUUACUGUGUAUUCUUCUGAUGCAAGGUAUAACGAAAACAACAGGUUAUCGGUUUCUUGUGUGGACAGCAUUAGGUCAAAUUAUUUAUUUUUCCUAUGGUUUUUGGCACUCUAAACGACGAAAAUCAAUAAAAAGUGCAUCUAUUUCAAGUGCAGUCGGGCUUCUACCAACAGUAGCAAGUAUUACAGAACAAUAUACGCAAUAUGGACUUGAAUCAGAUUUAGCUAAUGAAAAUAGUGAAAGUAAAGUAUAA